GCAUCCUGUGGGUUUGUCAUAAAUCUAUGAUGACAGUAAAUAAAAUGGGCAGCAGUGACGUCAAAAGGAGGAGAGACUUUCAGCCAAUCAACGCUCCAGCACGGCUCAUCAUCUCCCCGGUGUUUGUGGCUAAGGGAAGGUGAGUAGCCACCAGUCGCACUGACACAGCGUCCACGCUUCACGUUCAGCGCUCGGCUCCGUUUAAGAAAGCCUCAACAAGAGAGAACCCGGCCGUUGAAGCGAUUGCAGGAUGGAAAAUGGGGGUGAGAGUUUGCUCAGGUCACGCAGCCGACCUGUCCCAAACAUGUCCACCUCUUCUGACUUGGACAGCUCUCAGGAGGGGGGUUCUGGUCCUAGAAGACAGCAGGGCAAUGGAGACUGUCACACCGCCAGCAACGGGAGGGUUGAAGCUGAACAUGUGAUCAGCAAAAAGGUGCAACUGAAAAGGAAAGCAGAGAGCCUGAAGAGUGACCUGAUGUGUCAGUUUGAAAACCACAUCGCAGACUUCAUGGAUGGUCUCAUUGAAGAAUCGAUGAUCCUCGAGGCUGCGCCUGUAUCGGCUGUCUUCUCAUCCUCACUUUCAGACAAGGAGAGAGGCAAACUUAGGCACCUCCAUCCUCAUAGCCAAGGAAAGCAGUUUAUUAGCCGGAGAUCCCUUCUAGAUGAGCUGUUUGAGGUGAACCACAUCAGGACCAUCUACCACAUGUUCAUUGCUGCGCUCAUCCUCUUUAUUCUCAGCACAUUUGUGGUAGAUUUCAUUGAUGAAGGCAGAUUGGUGCUGGACUUUGAUCUGCUGGUAUAUGCAUUUGGACAGCUCCCUCUGGUGGUUUGCACGUGGAUGUGCAUGUUCCUGUCUGUGCUGCUGGUUCCCUACAACCUUUUCCAUUUGUGGUGUCAGAGCCAGUCCAGCUCACAUGGUAAAAGCAGACUGUGCAGCUGGCUGUUUGGCUCCGUUUACCUGAUCUACCAGACUUUAGGUCUGGGAUUCCUCCCCACUUAUGUGGUGGUGACCAACAGUUUUCCGCCUGCAUCCUGCUUUAUCAUCAUCUUGGAACAGGUUCGUCUUAUGAUGAAAACCCACUCCUUUAUCAGAGAGAACGUGCCAAGAGUACUAACUUGGAAAAAAGACAAAAAAAACCCUGCUCCUGUGGUCCCUCAGCUUUCUCAGUAUCUCUACUUCCUUUUCGCCCCAACGCUGAUUUACAGAGACAAGUACCCCAGAAACCCGGUGAUCAGAUGGAGUUAUGUGGCCACAAAGUUACUACAGGUACUCGGCUGUCUGUUUUAUACCUACUAUGUGUUUGUGCGGCUGUGCAUCCCACAGUUUCGCAGCAACAGUCUGCACCUAUUUGAUCUGCGGGCCAUGGUCCUGUGUGUCUUUAACUCCAUACUGCCAGGAGUUUUGGUUCUGUUGCUGGGAUUCUUUGCCUUUCUUCACUGCUGGCUCAAUGCUUUUGCUGAGAUGCUUCGCUUUGCAGACAGGAUGUUUUAUAAGGACUGGUGGAAUUCAACAUCUUAUGCCAACUACUACCGCACUUGGAACGUAGUGGUCCAUGACUGGCUGUUUUACUAUGUGUACCGAGACUUCCUGUGGAUGUCUCAGAAGCAUUUCCGAACUGUAGCCUUGCUUUGUGUGUUCACGUUGUCCGCGGUGGUCCAUGAGUACAUUCUUGCAGUUUGUUUUGGUUUCUUCUAUCCUGUGCUAUUCUGCCUCUUCAUGUGCUUUGGAUUGAUGUUCAACUUUAUCGUGCACGACCAAAGGAAAGGGCCUAUCUGGAACAUAUUCAUGUGGACGUCCAUAUUUUUGGGUCAGGGAGUUAUAAUCUGUCUGUACUCUCAGGAGUGGUAUGCCCGGCACUACUGUCCUCAGAAAGAAUCUUCCUUCCUAGAUUUUCUGAAGCCUCGCUCUUGGAGCUGUCAGCGACCCCUGAUGGCAGAUUCAUAAGCUCUGACCUACAAUGAGGAGGACCAUCGCUGACCAGUACAAACUCCACUAACCUUUCUAUCAGUGCCAUAAUGUCCACUCGUGUUCAUUUUAUUGCACUAAAUCCGGGCCUGUGUGGAAAAGUGAAACGCCAACAGCUGUAAAGUCUCAAUGGUGCCUUAUCUGUUGGAGUAUUAGGUGAACCCCACCAAAAUAAAAUAAUGGCAAUAAAGUCAUGGCAGCUGAAUGUAAAAUGGUGCAAACUGUUUAUUUUUUACGUGUGUUGUAAUUAUUAAUAUUUGUCUUGAUUUGCAGUUGCCACUGUAUUGUAUCUUCAGUAUGCUUGGAAAGAUUUAUUAUACUUUCCAUGUGUUUUAUGACAAACAAGCAGUGUUUGGUGUUUUUGCUCAUAUAGAUAUGACCAAACUGAUUUGUGGAUCCUAAAGGACUACAUAUAUUUACAUCUAAUGAUGAAUAUGGCUGCUGAGGUGGGCACAAGUCAGUGAGAACAUUGAUGUCAAACACAUAAUUUACAACUGAGUUUAUAAGCUGUUGUAAUGAUCUACAGGUGUUUAAAGCGUUUUGUGAACUUACAUUUUGUAUUUUGCGAUCAGCGCUGAGUCGAUCUGCUAGAAAGUGUAAGAUUUUACUUAAAAACUUGCAGCUUGCUGCUAAAACGAUGGUGAUCUUUUUUUUAUGAAAACAAAAUUUGCAUCCUCACCAUUAAAUAGGUGUUACUGAAAUCAUACAAUCAAUUAAAUUUAAAUGUUUGUGUUGGUGGUGGUCAGAGGAUCUGAGGGCGCCAAAUGGCAGCCUUGUCUCUGUCAGACCGCCCAAGGGCGGCUGUGGCUACAUAGUAGCUUACCAUCACUGGCAGUGUGUGAGUGUGAAAGUGCAUGAAAGCGCUAUUUAAGUUUGAUGUAUUAUUAGUAUUACGGUCAUGUUUGUACUGUUUUGUAAAAAGUUAUUGGACUGCCAAUGUUAGUGCCAAAUCCAGCAGAACUCUAUUAUAGAGCAUCACCAUCAGGUGGCGCUAUAGUAAAGCAUUUAUUUUUUAUCCCUGUUAAGGUUUGCCGUGAUGUUCUCACGCCUUACAUCAGCCAAACGGUACCUGUAAAUUAAUAUUGUUUUAAAGUGUUUGAGUAGAACUUGCCAGGUUUAAACCGUUGUCAACUCCAUAAUGUCAGAUUUAUUUCUGCUUUGAAUUAUUUAAACAUUGUUUACAAAUGAUGAAAACAUUUUCAGAGGAUUUUUAUUUAGAAGAGGUAUAUUUUUGAGAGCUGACAUGGUUAUGUCAAGUUUGCCUUUAAUGAGAUUGUUUUUUGCAAUGACCAGGUCAUGUGCCAUUUGAUAUUAAAAUAUGAUAAAUAAAAUAUUUCUCUAAUGUGGAAUAUAA